UGAAGCUCUGGCCCGGCGCAGUAGCACGCGGUACGGGGACGCUGGGCCGGGCACCCGGCUGUGUGAAGAAGUGAGCGCGCUCGCCUGACCCCGUCCCCGCCGCCCAAGCCAGCGCUCCCGAGGCCCGCCCAGGCCCCGUUCGCGUUCGCGUCCCCGUCCCCGUCCCCGUCCGCUGCGGCGGCGGCGUCACGCACUCGGCCACCCGGCCGCCCUAACCCUCCACGCCCUCGCCCCCGCCCCCGCCGGCCGCGGCCCAGAAGCAGCCCGAGCAAGACCUCUCAAAGUGAAGGAUUAUCUACUCAUACCAGCACUUUGGAUGAAAAUCUGUUUCUUUGCCACAGACUGAACAUUUCUUACUGUUUUUUGUUUUUGUGUGUGUGUGUGUGUGUGGAGGAGUUGAAACAAACCUAACUUUGUGGCAUAGCAGCUAUGCAGCUUGAAAUCCAAGUAGCACUAAAUUUUAUUAUUUCCUAUUUGUACAAUAAGCUUCCUAGGAGACGUGUCAACAUUUUUGGUGAAGAGCUUGAAAGACUUCUUAAGAAGAAAUAUGAAGGGCACUGGUACCCCGAAAAGCCAUACAAAGGAUCAGGGUUUCGAUGCAUCCAUGUAGGGGAGAAGGUGGACCCGGUCAUCGAGCAGGCAUCCAAGGAGAGUGGCUUGGACAUCGACGAUGUGCGUGGCAAUCUGCCCCAGGACCUGAGCAUCUGGAUCGACCCGUUUGAGGUUUCCUACCAGAUCGGCGAGAAGGGACCGGUGAAAGUGCUGUAUGUGGACGACAGUAAUGAAACCGGAUGUGAGCUGGAUAAGGAGAUCAAAAACAGCUUCAACCCGGAGGCGCAGGUUUUCAUGCCCAUAAGUGAUCCAGCCUCCUCCGGGUCCAGCUCCCCGUCGCCGCCCUUCGGUCACUCUGCUGCCGUGAGCCCCACCUUCAUGCCCCGCUCCACCCAGCCUUUAACCUUCACUACUGCCACUUUCGCUGCCACCAAGUUCGGCUCCACCAAAAUGAAGAACAGCGGCCGGAGCAACAAGGUGGCCCGUACUUCUCCCAUCAACCUGGGCCUGACCGUGAGCGACCUCCUGAAGCAGAAAGCCAUCUCGUCCUCCAUGCACUCUGUGUACGGGCUGAGCCUGGGGACCCCGCAGCAGCCCCAAUCCCAGCACCAGCAGCAGCAGCAGCAGCCGCCACCGUCCCAGGCACCGCCACCGCCACCGCCCCCGCAGCAGCAGCAGCAGAAAACCUCUGCGCUCUCUCCCAAUGCCAAGGAAUUUAUCUUCCCCACUAUGCAGGGUCAAGGUAGCAGUGCCAGUGGGAUGUUCCCAGGUGACAGCCCCUGUAACCUCAGUCCUCUCCAGUACAGCAAUGCCUUUGACGUGUUUGCGGCCUAUGGAGGCCUCAACGAGAAGUCUUUUGUAGAUGGCUUGAAUUUUAGCUUAAAUAACAUGCAGUAUUCUAACCAGCAAUUCCAGCCGGUCAUGGCGAACUAAAAAGAAAACGAGAAUCGUAUCAUCUGAGUUGAGUUGCACAGGCCCAAGGGGGAUUUUUUUUUUUUUUGAAACCUCCUUGAGAUUUUUUCUUUUAAGCUUAUAGUAAGGAUACGUUCAGGCUUGGUUACAAAAAUAAAACAUGCGUCAUUUUUCAUUUGCCAACCAAGCACAAAGUUAUUUUAUACUGACUGUAUAUUUUAAAGUAUCCGCUCAGAUAUGGCCUCUUACAGUAUUUAAGAUAUAGCGAGGACAUGGCUGAUUUUUUUUUUUAUGAAAAAUUGGCACUAAUAAGUGGGUUUAUGGUCUUUUCUAAUUGUAUAAUUUAAUUUAGUACAAAGUUUGUAAAAUAUCAGAGGAUAUAUAUAUUGUUUCUACGACAUGGAUUGCAUUUAUAUCUUUUUACUACAGUGAUCUGUGACAGCAGCAGCUUCAUGUUGUAUUUUUUUUACUGAAAUUGUAAAAUAUCCAUCUUAAAGACAUCAACUAUUCUCAAAAUUGUGUACAGGAUAUUCCUUUAGUGGUGGAAUUAAAAAUGUACGAAUAUUUGCUUUUUCAAAAAAAAUGUAUUUUCUGUUAAAGGUUUAAAGAUUUUUGCUAUAUAUUAUGGAAGAAAAUGUAAUCGUAAAUAUUAAUUUUGUACCUAUAUUGUGCAAUACUUGAAAAAAACGGUAUGAAAGUAUUUUGAGUCAGUGUCUUACAUGUUAAGAGGGACUGAAAUAGUUUAUAUUAAGUUUGUAUUAAAAUUCUUUAAAAUUCAAAA